AUGGAUCCCCUAUCCUCUGUUGGCCUGGCCAGUAAUAUCCUCCAGUUUGUCGAGUUCUCAGUCAAGCUGGUCAGUAAAGGCGUCGAAAUUUACUCGUCCACUGACGGCGCGCCCGUCCAACAUGCCGACCUCCGAGCAUCUUUAGACAACCUGCGGGAGCUGGCGGCGCCAUUUCGCCAACGGAAGAAUUUGAGACUGUCGAGGGACCCUGAUGAGAUACGUAUUGUGCAGACGGCUAUUGCGUGCAAUGAGAUUGCCCAUGACCUGGAAGAUGCGCUCGAUGGUUUGGUUGCGACUCCGCACAGCAUGACAUCCAGCGUUUUAAAGGCGCUGCAAAGCGUGUGGGAGCAAGGAAAGAUUGACUAUAUGGUCGGCAGGCUAGAGGGCUACAGGUCUGACCUGCAGCUUAUGAUGAUCAAUGCCGUCUUGAAUAGGCAAUCGUUUCUGCAGCGAUCGAUCGACACGCUCAAAAGCAAUAACGAUGAGCUUGGCAUCAAAUCGGACGUGAUGCUCGCUCGCGUCCAGGACCUCAAGGAUGAGCUUCGCGAUAUACUGCAUGCGUCUCAGCACAGCAUGCCGGGGGUAGAUGCGGCGUUUCUGCCUCACUUCGCCGAUAACGCCCUGCGCGACAAGCUGGGCGAAUUGUACGCUGAGGCUCAAGAGAUCGCCAAAGCAACAGAUAUGCUGCGGUCGUUGCGGUUUCACCGAAUGACGCUGCGUCGCCACAACGUCGCCGACAGACACCUCACCACUCUCGAAUGGGCCUAUGAGAAACACCACGAGGGCCAGCGGCUUCAUUUUCGUGAGUGGCUUGAAAGGGGCAAGGGGGUAUACUGGGUUACUGGUAACGCCGGUUCCGGCAAGUCGACCUUGAUGAAGUUUGUCUAUCUGGACCCGCGGACCAAACAGUAUCUGCGAAGCUGGGCCGGACAACAGCAGAACCUCGUUAUGGCCGACUUCUUCUUUUGGAAACCCGGUGCAGAACUUGAGCGAUCCCAAAGCGGUCUUUUGCGUUCGUUGCUUUAUGAAGUGCUUCGGCAGAUGCCCGCGAUUAUGCCCCGGGUGCUAGGGGCGAGAUGGGACGACUGGAUCACAGAUGAACCGUGGACGCUGAGCGAACUGCAAGAAAUUUUCCGCCUCGUCAGUGAGAAGUCAAGAACAUCUAAUCAUCCUGACAUUAAGUUCUGCUUUUUCGUGGAUGGUCUCGACGAAUACAUGGGCCAAUCACACGAGAUAGCCCAGGCUGUGCAGGAGCUCAGCGACACACCUAACAUCAAACUCUGUGUAUCAAGCCGACCGUGGAACACAUUCGAGGCAGCGUUUGGGCACGACGAAAAAGCACUUUUGCGCGUGCACGAGCAUAAUCGCGAGGACAUCCGGAGAUAUGUGCAUGAGAUCCUGGGCCAGCACCGCAGUUUCAAGCAGCUGGUUCUAGAAAAUCAAGAGUACCAGCGAGUGCUUCACAAGAUUGUGAGCAAGGCCAAGGGGGUGUUUCUGUGGGUGUUCCUGGUGGUGCGGAAUAUGAAAGAGUCGUUGCCAAAUGAGGAUACUGUGAAGAUGAUGGAGCGAAUCGUGGAUGACUUCCCAUCCGAGCUGGAAGAUUACUUUGGAAGGAUGCUGGAUAUCAUCGUGCCGCGAUACCACGAGGCAUCGUCGAGAAUAUUGUUAGGUGUUAUGGAGAGCAACACCCUCAUUCCGCUAACCUUGGUAGCCCACAUUUUGCCCGAGGAAGAAGAUGGUCCCGUGAGCGUGGACCACCUUCAUUCCUCGAGAAAGCUGCGAGCUCGGCUCAAGGCCUACUGCGGAGAUCUCAUGACGGUUGUCGAAGAUCUCGGGUAUAGAACGAACUUUACGGACUGCCACGAGCGCAUAGACUUUCUGCAUCGCACAGUUAACGACUACCUGCACAGCCCACCCGUCAAGUGCAAGCUGCAGAGCCGGGUUCCACAGUGCUUCAACCCAUCUGAGUCAAUUGUGCAAACUGCAAGCCGUUAUUUCAAGUUCGCGAAUCAGUCCAUCAACAUCGCAUUGCCGCAUCCCGUGGUAGAAAUACUCAUAUCCGAGGCUGCCAAGCUGGAAGACGUUGAAUAUGAAUACGAUGUAUCCAUUGUUGACGAGGUGAGAGAGUACGUCGUGAAGUCAAACACUGGUCCUUCAAAUCGCGAAUUUGUCAAGGUGGCGCUUCAGCGAGGAUUAUACUCGUACAUCCGAGAGAGGUUCAAGGACAUGUCGGUGUUUAGGUGCGGUCUCGAUGCAACAUGGGCGUUGAGGUAUGUCUUGUUUGAGGUUGAUUUCCACGGCCAGCAGCAGGCCAUAGUAGCGUACAAGAUAAAACCGAGGAUGGUGCGGGCGCUGCUGGACCGGGGGGCCAACCCGAAUGCCAUGGCCGUAGACGGUACGACGUCAGACAUUUCUGCCCUCCAGUUUCUGUCCAAACCACAGGCCAGUAUCUGGGUCAACUACGUCAGUCGCCUGGUCCCCGACGAGACGGUAUCGGCGCUGCUCAAGCCCUCAAUCGACAGCCAAGUGUUUGAGGCCGAGAUGUGCGGCAUCUUCGUCGAGCACGGUGCAGAGUACUCUGCUGCUCUCACUGGGCGGCAAAAUGUGCGUGGUGCCCUUCAAAUGUAUUUUGGUGAUAUGCCGCGCGAGGCGGAACGGCUGGAGUUGCUGGCGCGGAGAUGGAGACGCAGAGGUAUGAUUAGCUGGGCAGUCGAGCCAAGCGCGAGCGGCCAGGAGCUGCUUCGGCCUGAUACCGGUAGGCCGCAUUCACACAGUCCAAAGCCCGGCAGGCUGUCACCUAAUAUGGAUAGUGGGGGAAGGAGGAGGGACAAGAUGCGGGACAAGUUUAAGUCGUGGUUAUUAUAG